ACAAACAUUGCAACUGUAGUCGACUCCCACUCGCCGGGCAGCACAGACGGGGCAUUAUGUGGACGAGUACCAGCUGGUACCACGGGCUCCUCAUCCUCCUCGGGACUUCAUUUGUUGGUGCCUCUGAAAUCAGGACAUGGAACUGAAAUGGAAGAGCAAACCUGUGAAUGUUUUCCUCGGAUGCAUCGUUGCCGUCUGCUUUUGUACGGUUUGUCCGGCUCAAAGAAUUUGCACGGUUCCUCCGGGCCCCGUGACGGUCCCAGAAAACUACACGGCUGACGUCCAGCUGGUAAAAAUCAGCUCCAGCAGUGACGUAAUACUUACGGUCUCGGUGAACCCCGAAGAUCUGUUCUACCUGAAAGGAAACGCCCUGAUGGUGAAGAAAGGACUGGACUAUGAGUCAUUGUCCAGUGCAGCUCUGGUGGUGUGGGUGCAGUGCAGCAGAGCAGGCUCCAGAUCUGUGAACGAGUCUGUUGAGGUUUUGGUUGAAAAUGUGAACGAACCCCCGAACUUUGCACAAAACCACUUCGUACUAGAAGUGAAUGAGCUCACUCCGGUCAACUCCAGCGUUGGACUGAUAGAAGCAACAGACAUCGAUUCAGAGCCGCUGUACUAUCGCCUAGAGUCUGCAACGGAUAAAUAUUUCCGCCUGGAAAACAUCAACACUCCAAAGAUACUUGUUAAAAGCAUCCUGGACUACGAUGUUGUACAGAAGAUCUCUCUGAUUUUACAUGUACAGGACACGUUCAAUGGUUCGGCUUCCAACGAGCCCUUCUUCACAUCCGUGGCCACCAUCACGGUGCACGUGAAGGACAUCGAUAACCGGCCCCCGUGGUUUCAGCCUUGUUUGAGGACCAACUUAGGAAUCGCCAAACUGUGUGUGAGCUCCGGCUACAGAGGCAAAGUAAAUCUCACUGAGAAGGAGGAGGGGCCGUUAGUGCUGGAACCUGGUCCGGUGUUCGCCAGGGACGGGGACAAGAACAGGAGCGAGCAGAUCAGCUAUAGAAUACUCCGAGGAAAUGAGGGAAAUAUUUUCCAGAUUGAUGAGGAAACGGGGAACAUCACCAUGGCUAAAGCUGCUGACAUCGUCGGCCCAAUAACCCUUACUGUUCUGGCGUCGCAGGUGACCAACAGGGAUCAGUUCGCUGUGACGCAGGUGACCAUCGAGGUGAUGAAGAAGAGCAGGAACCCUCCUCGCUUUGAGAAGGAGCGAUACGAAGGAUUUAUCUACAGCAACUCUGUCCCUGAGAGCAUGAUCCUCAGAGACCGAAGCACCAACCGGCCCUUCAGGGUCCGAGCUCGGGACGAGGACUUCGCCGCUGGUACAAAUCCAGAUGUAAAGUAUGAAGUUCAGUACAGCAGCUACGUCAACGUGACUGCAGACGGUUUUGUGAUCCUGAAGAGAAUUGUGAAGACGGAGUCCUUCGCGCUUCAGCUCAGAGCAGUGGACGCAACAACAGGGGAAUUUGGAACAGCUGCCCUCUCUGUUCAGGUCAUACCUGCGGUGGCCAUCCCGUCUCCCUCAAACGUCGGCUACCGUCCGGGCGACAUGGCUCUUCUGGGUCUGGUCAUGGCAGCUCUGCUGGUCCUCUGCAUCAUUGUGAUUGGCUUCUUGAUUUCCCGCUUGUAUAAGGGAAACGCCGGCAUGGACAAAAUAUGUGAGUGCCUGGGCCCCUGCCUGAAGUCCGACCAGCCUCGGUCCGGCCACAGGGACUCCCUGCAGUACACCAAUGAUGGCUUCCAGAAUGAGGGCGACGCGAGCCGCGGUGGUGCCAGGCGCUGGAACAACGCUCUGCCCAGACGGAGCACCUUCCCUGGGUCACGAGGCCGGGUCAUCCCCCUGGAGAGAAGGAGCCGCCACUGCUCCUCCUGUGGUGUCUACACGAACCACGUCCCCAAGGGGAGCCCCUCAGUGAGACCGUCCAGGAGAGGGAGAGGAGACGGCGAUGAGUACAGCAUGAGGUCGAUCCUCACCAAGCAGAGGAGGAAGGAGGGCCAGAAGACGGUGUGGUUCAAGGAGAGCGAGGACUCCUCUGAUAUCGAGGUGGAGAUUAUCCCAGACACUGUGGGCCGGGUGGAGGAGGAGACUCAGGAGGAGCUGGAGGUGGAGAUGGAAGGGGUUGUCAGAGACCCGGCAGCCCCGCGGAGAGAGUCUGACGACGGACAGGAGAGCCAAAGCGAGGAGCAGGACCGUGAAAAUACCAGCUCAGAAAAAAAGAAGGCAAGUCAGGAGGAAGAGGCCUGACAGUAGAGGUCAAACUGGAGUCGGAGAAAAAGUUCAUGAAACUCAGCUGUUUGUUUUCUCGUCGCUUUUUGGAGAAAGCAGCCUACAGGAUAGGUCUCGGCAGUCCAGGAUGACACUUCCAUCAUCUCUGGAUAACCUCAAGUAUAGAGUCAAGGAUCCAAAAAGUAUUUAUUUUCUACUGUGAGUAUCUUAGAAUACAGUGUCUGAGGUAACAACUUUAUACAAUGUUUAAAAACACAUAGUUCUCACUAGUGUUGGCCAAGCAUACACUAUGGGAUGAGAUUCUUCUAUAACACUUACGGCAAGUUGACCACUCCUUUUUAAAGGUUAGUCUCUCUUUACAAAACUUAUUUUUGUAUUGUUAUCAUUUUUAUUGGUAAUACAUUGUACUCACUAAAUUAAUUGCUAGAAUUGCAGUGAUAUUGCUACAACACAGUCAGACAGGACAAAAGACACGUUGCAAACCCUGCAGGGUAGCUGAAGAGAGAAAACAAAGGUUAACAAUAAACCUUCUGUUGCAAACAUCUAUUACAGUUUACAGACCCGCACAUACCCAGUGUUUCAGUUACUUAAAACACACAAUUUUCCUGUGCAAUGAGGGAUUAUUACUGACAAUUCAGGUAACUGGGUUAAAAAAAAAAAAAAAACAGGGAGUGGGAAGUGAAACUGGAAUUUUCAGGUUCUGUUCCAGAAGUAAAAUCCUAUUCCCAUUUAAAUUUAUAAUAACUUAACUAAAAAUCCAGCCAAAACAUUACUAAAAGUAUAUUAGGUGGUUCAUUCCAUAAAUCUGGAUAAGGAUGGUAACUGAAGGGUGGUUUAUUCCGGCUUUAACAAACACCAUUUCCCAAAUGCUCCCAGACCAUAACAUUACAUUAAUUAAGCUGAUAUAUUUUUUUAGCUAAAGUGAUUUACAGUUGCUAUAUAAGUAUAUGCACACACGCCCCUGGAGCAACUUGCUGGAUCUGUCACAGUGGGAGUCGAACCCUAUUCUCUCACACCAAAGGUAUGUGUCUUAUCCACUGCAGCAUCACACUUACGCCAUCACUGCUUAAAGGUCAGGGCUCAACAGAAGAGGUGAGUUGAGGGUGUGCAAUGACAGCAGAGAACAAGAAGAAAGUUGGAAAAAUGACUUGAAGACAGCGUUGGUGAGGUUUAAGAAAAUGGAUGAAAACCAAGUUACGAUGUCAUAAGUUCCCGCUCUGCCACGCUUGUAAAUUUUAACAGGAGCUGAUAUUUUGUCUUUGUUUAACUAAACUGAAAUCACAAAGGUCGUGGCAAAUGCUUAAGUGGAUGCUCCUGAUUUGAAUGAUGACCGUAAACAUCAGAUACAAGUCCCCCCCCCCCAACAAAGUUGUAACGCCUGUGGGAAUCGUUGCAAAUCGAUAAGCAAUAUUGCUUUCUAAUAAGGCUCCUUAUUUAUUUAUUUUAAAAGGGUUUGCGAGGGUCGUGACUCACUUGAUUAUAGAUUAAUCUGCCCACUAUUUUUUAACCAAAUAAUUGUCUAUUAAAACUGUGACCAAAUGUGACGUCUUCAAAUCUCUUGCUUUGUCCAACAGUUCAAAACCCAAAACAUUUUAUUUAAUCUAACACAAGACAAGGAGAUGCAGCAAAUUGUCACAUUCGAGAAGUGCCGACUUGCUAAUAAGUUAUUAAUAACUUCUAACACGACGUCAGCAAAAGUUAGUGAGUCGUCUGCAAUUAUCAAUGUUAAUAAGUCCAGUGGUCAAAUGGUUUGUUGGAAACGUCUACCUGAUGAACUAAAAAGACACAAGUGUUGUUCCUAUUAACACACUGUAAAGCAUUAGUAAUUAUUAACCAUUAAUAAACUUGACAUCAAAAGGAUGCCUUUUUAGAAAGUGGUAAUUAUCGGUUAUUGCAAUGUUGGAUUUACAGGAUUUUUAUUAUUGUUUUGAUGAUGUAUCGAUUAGUCAAGAACAGACAUGCCCAUCUGCUUAUUUUGUUUGUUUCCUAAUUGAAUUUUCAGGAUCUGUACUACACAGUUUACAGUACAUCAAUUAAAAUGCAAAAAGUACCGUGACGAAAGAUUUGAUCUACAUUAUCCACUCCUACGUGUCACCGGCAGUCAGGUCAGGAAGUCAGCUGACAACCAACAGGCCAAAAACUGAUGAUUUCACUCUGCAUACUAUCUGUACAUGCUUUACUAAACUGAACCAGAAGUGUCUGGAAGAAUAUAUGUGAAGACAAACUUAUUUACCGAAUACUAAAACAGGUGGGAUGUUUUUAUGUGGACUGUAUUUUAUUGAGAAUGUUUAGUAAAAUAACUACUUUUAUGGAUAAAUCUGUGUAUAGUUUACUUUUUGUACAUUGAAGUGAUUGAUGAGUGUUUAAGGGAAUAAAAGUUUGAAGGAAUCUUG